GGCGGCGGUAUACGGGGUCUCGUAUCUCUUCUUAUUCUCCAACGGAUCCUAGAAUUCAUACGAGAUGAGGAGCGUGGGUGCGACACAAGAAUGGUUGAAGCAGGCCAUCGAGCGCCACGUACCGACGGACGGGACAACACCGAAAUGCCGCUUGCUUGUCACUACUUCAGCUUCAUGUUUGGCACGAGCACUGGAGGGAUCAUCGCCAUCAUGCUCGGUCGACUUCGCAUGGGCAUCAACGAUUGUAUCGACACUUACCGCAACCUCGGCCGCGAGAUCUUCGAAAAAAGACAGCCGUUCCAUUUCUUGGGUCAGAAUAAGUAUGAUUGCACGAAGCUUGAGCGAAUCAUCAAAGAUGUUGUACAGAGGCAUAGUGGAAGCACAGAUGCCCUGAUUGCAGACUCCAACGUAUUGAACAAGUCGCAUCACAACAAACAGGAUCGAGCGCAAAAUCGAUGCAUACCGUGUCGCGUACGCGCACUGAAGAAGAUGACCGACCCAGAACCGGUGCAUCAAGACCUACAAAGAGCCUUGGACCCAAGUGUAUAUUACCGCUUCAACGUCGAGGAGGACCUCAAGAAAAUGAAGCUCGACGAAUGUAUCGUCAAGGGCGAAGACAAUAUCACCUUCAGCAGAAUAGAAAGCGCAGUCAGGAACUACUUCAACGAUGGAGGCGUUCGGGACAGCGCACAGUUUCUCGCUAAACAGCUUGUUAAAUCGAAGAGGCUCGUUGCCUGA